GUGAGUUUACGUAUGUUGUAGCCCCGCCCACACGUCCUCGCCUCCGUGACGUUCCGGGCAGAAUGUCGCCAAUCGGCUUCAGUUGUAGACAUGGCAGCGCUGAGACAGGAGCAUCGGUAUGGGCUCUCCUGUGGCAAAAUUAACAAAAACAGCCCGAAUAAAAGUCUGUACCACGUCAAGCUCACUGACACGGCCAUCAGGACCCUGGAAGCCUUCCAGAACCUGAAGGCUUCGCUAUCAAACCAGCCAGCGAUUUGCUUCAAGGGGAGCCAGGGGUACAUAAAGAUCCCGGCACCGACCGCCGAAUCUCCAGAUGGCUUCAGAGUCUUCUCAUUUUACCUUUCCAGUGACAGCAAAGACAAGCCUCAGUCCAGCUUUGACUGCGUUGGCCAGUUUAUCUCAGGGGAGGGCAGGGAUCACCUGGAGAGCCAGGGCAGCAUUCAAGACAAGAUCACUGUUUGUGCCACAGACGACUCUUACCAGACCACACGGGAGCGAAUGUCCCAGGUGGAGAAGGACAUAUGGAGCCGCACAGCUAUUGAGAUCAAACCAGGACCAAGCAAGUGUGUGAAGGUGCAAAGGAAAGCGGGCCUGGUCUCCGGCUCCGACGGCAGCAACAGGCACUCCCCCAGCAACAAGAGGCCCCUGCUCCCCAGUCCCGUGGCACAUCGGCCCUUAAGGGAUCGCAUCAUUCAUCUCCUGGCCUUAAAGCCCUACAGGAAGCCUGACAUGCUCCUGUGGCUAGAGAGGGAGAGGGCCAGCUUGAAGGACAAGGCUGAUCUGACCUCGGUACUGGAAGAGGUUGGUAAACUGAAUCCUAAAGACAACAGCUACUCUUUAAAGGAUGAGCUUUACAAACACGUCCAAAGAGAAUGGCCUGGAUAUCUGGAAGAGGAGAAGCAACUUAUCCACAGGCUCCUCAUCAGGAAACUCCAGCCACUGCACAGUAACCAACCAAGGAGUCCCCAGUCCAACCACGCGUUGCACAAAACUCUCGGAGAUUCUCCCUCACGGCUCAGUCCUGCCAAAAACAUCUCAGUGAAACGCUCACUGGCCCUGGGCCCUUCCAACUCCCAAACCCCCAAAAAACAAAGGCUGUCAGAACACUGUCUACCCCUGCAGUCGCCCUCUCACGCAGACUGUGGCACCAACGGAGCUCGCACCAUCACCAGCCACGGGAACGCCUGUGCGGCGGCGAAAACCGAGCCCGACAUAACCAACAAUCAUCUUCAGGGAAACCCAGAUGGUUUGUGCUCGCCACACAAGCUCAGCGCGCCGUCUGCUCUUUCCAAACUGGAGGGGACGGAACCAGCUUGCACCUUACCCAGUCCCCAGCCCCGACACAAUGGCACCUCUAUAUGCACUGAACAGCAGCUCAGCAACGGCCAGCAUAAAAAGAAACGGUCCAAGAAACACAAAGACAAGGAGCGAGAUCGCCUAAAGCCCGGCUGGAUCGAGACGAGUCCAGACCUGAAGCAGAACCAGGAAAAUCACAAAGGUACAGACCGCGAGGGAGACAAAACUCCCGUUAACCGAACCACAACUGAAGAACCGCCUGACUAUUUAAUAAAAUACAGCGCCGUAAGAACCCUGGAGCAGCGGCAACAGUAUCACGAUGACUUUUGCGCUGAGUACGACGAAUAUAGAGCUCUUCAUGACAGGAUCGGAGCCAUCACAGAGAUGUUUGUUCAGUUGGGCUCAAAGAUCAACACUCUCAAGCCAGGAACACAGGAGUACAAGCUCAUGGAGGAACAAAUACUCCAGAAAUAUCGAAAAUAUAAGAAAAAGUUUCCUGGGUAUCGGGAAGAGAAGAAACGGUGCGAGUACCUCCACAAAAAACUGUCGCAUAUCAAAGGCCUGAUCACAGAAUAUGACCGAGCACAGGGGCUAGUUUCCUAGUGACUGCCUUCUGCCAUUACCGGGUUGUAACAAAAGUGGACCAAAAGACUCAAAGGCGGACCCAAAGACUGCCCAGCUGGGUCCAGAAGUUGCCGAGACGCGUCACCUCGUUCCUCAGAGUGGAAUGGAGGGCGUAAGGUUCUCUGCUGAAAGUGGGCCAAGACCACCUACUCGUGAUCAAAUGUUACCCUUUAACGUUCUGUUUUUUCAGCUGGGUUUAUGACUGGAAGUGCUUGUUUCUGUUCUGCUGUAAAACACGACGAAUAUAGAGAAAAGGCCCACAGAUGUGAUCCUUCCUGCCUAAGUACAUCAUUUUUGAUUAUAUCUUUAAACUGAGUGAAACUUUAAAGUAUUGAUCUAUACGUAAUGAAGUGAUGGUACAAUCAAUCUUAGGGGUAUAAAAUAAUUCUAAUAAAAAUAAGUGUUUAUAUUUAAAUAGAAAAUUUGUUUCUGCAUUUUGCAUAUAGAAAAUAUAUAUUUAGGUGCAUCAAUCAUUCAUUUCUUACAAGAAUAUAACAUGUUGACAAAAAAAUCAGAUUGUGCUGGUUAUAAGUGCACACCGUAAGGCAUCUUAAAUUAGAUCAAAACUGGCAAAAAUAAUGAUUUGUAAAGUUGAAUUUGAUUAAAAUGUCUCAUUCAUCCAACAACCUGCAGAACUGAGACCUGAUCGGAUAUUGAUCACAGAAGUAUGAUCUGUGGAGAUGCUGCUCAGUCAGGGGUCAGAACGCACGUCUUUGAAUUACAAUCACAAUGAAUUUCAUGCUUGCUUUUGUUUCCGUCUCAUUUCUCAGAAAUGCUAGAAAAUGGCAGUACUCGCAGUACUGCUGCAGGGAAGUACCGAAAACGUCAACAUUUCUUUUCAGUAAAUAGAUUUCAGAUUUUCCACUGAAGUUCACCAGAGGUCAGUAGCCACCCAAGUAAUCGACUCAUACAAAGAGUUCAGCACAGAACAAGUCCUUAUAUUAUGUGUAAUAAAGCAGAAUGGCACAGGAGACAUCCUUACUGAAAUUUGUUCAAUACUCUGUACAAAAGUACAAUACAUAUUUUGGUAAUGACAAUUUCAAGACAUCUACUGUACUGAGAACCUUCUUCCAUGCACUCUGUCAAUGCUUUCCAUAGAUUUUCAUUUGGAUUAAAUUCAGUUCACUGACUUAGCCAUUCUAGCAUCUUUAUUUUAAUUUUUUUUCUAAAGGUGCUGCUUUGGCUGUCAUUGUCUUUUAUCCUGAUUUCAUAUUUAGCAUCCUGGGAAUUAGUAGCUUUUUCUUAUCAAGCUUGUUCACAAAAUCUGCCGGUUGCCAUUUGCUUUAAAAAAAAGUCCCAGAAAAAUUAUGUUCCUGCCUCCAAAUUUCUCUUUGAAACAGGAUGUGUUUGUAAUAAUAUUCAGAGUGCAGUUUUGGUCUUAUUUGACCAGAAUAUAUUCUCUUUGCAUUUCACUGGUCCGUCCAAAGUUUCUGAAGAUAAUUUUAAAAAAUGUUCAGUGUGCUUUUUCUUCAGCAGUGGAGCUUUGUGCAGUAAAUACACAUAGAUGCCACUUACUGUUUUCAUAGAAAAACAGUAUCUGCUAGUUCCAGUUCAUUCUAACCCUUGGAAAUUCUUCUAAUUAUAUCAUAGAUUUCCUUGGAAAUUCUUCUGAUUAUAUUAUAGAUUUGUUUGUAAGUAACCUGGUUUAUGGUGGAAUGGUGUUCUGUCCACUUCUAAAUGUAGGGGCCCAGCUUGGCUCACUUCAUCAUUCAGAAGUGGAGAAAUGCCUUUGACCAGCCCCACCAGUAUGUUUAGCAAGAGUUAGGCUUUUGAGAGUGCCCUUUGUUUUUACCAUCAUGUCAAGCUUUUAGUGAUGCAUUGGUAAUGAGAACACUUUCUAUAGACCCUAAGGCAGGACCAAACUGUUAAUAUUAUUUAUACUGAUAAGGGGCACUGAUAUUUCAGCUUUUAAUGCAUUUGUGCACCUAAUUUUCUUCAAGUGAGAAUAUUCUCUGUGUCAUUCAACUUUAUUACAUGAGUUAAUUCGGGGACUUUCGUGUUUGAUUUCUCUGUGUGAGUCACUUGGGUAGCUACUGACAUGGUGUAAUUAGCGUGGGUUAUGUCAAAAAGUCAAUUAGAAAUGUAUUUAACUAAAAUGAUGUUGACAUGUUCGAUGCUUGUUUUCCCCCACUGUAUAAUCGCUGUAUUUCACGUUGCUGUGCACUUUCGGAGUCAGUUUCACACGAAUCUAGCCUACAGUGCCAUGAACUGCCUUUUUUUUAUUAUGAAAUGAUUAUCAACAUACUCCUCUUUCGCGUCGUUUGACAAAAGGUUUACAUCUGCAGAAAUGAUGCUGUUCACACUGUGGAUGGAUAAUCCUUUUAUCGCAUAGUUUUACUGCUGUUUAGGGCCUGAUUAAGUUUAAUGAGAAGUCUGGCAUAAAAAAAACAACACUAUACGAACUUCUAUGGGCGUUACAUAUGGGUGGUAUUCAGACAAAUGUGACUCAAGUGUGUCAUUUAAGGGUCCACCAGAGGUUUUCUCUCAGUCCAAACGACUUGGCUUCUGUUGGAUGUAAGGAGCAGUGGGAAACAAAGGGGUGCACAUGAGGAUUUUAGAGGCUCAUAUAUAUCAAGGUACAUCUGAUCAGCUACGACCUGCAGGACUCUCACCUUAAACUCUAAUUCUGAUGUAGAAAUUAGAAGAUUUCUAGUCGUCUCUGGGCUUUUGCGUCACAGUAGCAGCACUCACGCCUGAUGUCUUAAGUGGCUUAUUAAUGGAUGAAUGAAGUAAACGUUUACCUUGACAUGCACUGUAUAUGUCAGACAUUUCCAACUCUCCUGGUUGUCUAUGUUCUUCUGUGCUCCUGGUUUAUCCAGCAUAAUUCAGUGUUCUCAUAAUUUCUAGAAAUGGCUUUUAGUCCAGAUGCAGUUUCAGUUACUGGUUAGUUGUGUAGAAGCUGUCAAUUUGUUUUGUUUCUGAUAUGUACUUAUUGCUUAAUUUGUUUCUUUUUUUUUUUUUUUUUUGUCUUAGUGUCGGUGCGAUGAUCACAAACUGUACAGGAAUUUAAUUUUUACCGUCCUGUUCUUUCAGAGACAACAUCAAAAACACAGAACACCUGCAGAGAUCUAUACCAGAAAAAUUCCUUUGCUUCUAAUGAUUUCACAUAAAAUCUGUUGCCAAAUGUUUAGCAGUGCUUUUUUUCUUUUUAAUGCGGUACUCUGGUAUGUUUGAAGGACUUGAGUAUCAAUCGUUGCCCUGUUUGAGCACAUACGAACCAACAACAAAUAUUUAUUGGCACCGACUACUGGAGGACAAACAACUGUGACCCUGCAAAGUGUAAAUCAGUUUUUAAUCCUAAAAAUCCAAAUGAAAAGACGAAUACCAAAACCGCACAGGAACAAUUCCAUUUCCAAAAUAAUUUAUUGGUAUUUUGCAGUUAUUUUCUUCUUAAAAAAAAACCCACAUUUAAACAUGAUUAGAACAACAAUGAAACACGUGUUAGACCAUCAUUUGCUGAAAGGAGUACAUUUUAAAAACCUAAAGGUUUGCAGAAAUGUACCUCUAACAUCUAACAGUUGUGAUAGGAAAAGCCUGUUUCUCUUUUUUUUACCUGUUCCAGGGGCUAACUACUGAAGGUGCCUUUCACUCAGAAAGCAGACUGAUCCAUGACACGAUAAUUCAACAACGUAAUUUCAAAUCCAUAGUUUGACACUGUUGCCACUUUCUUGAAAGUGCUUUGUCUAUCCUACUUUGAAAUGAUCAGAAAAGAUGCCUUUUUAAAAUGCACAAACUAUGGUAAAAGGCAUAUUUAAUAAAUUAGAUUACGUUUUUCGGCGAUACUGACUUGGCCUUAAUGAAUUGAAGGCUUAUUUGGGCACUAAAUCAAAGCCACGUAUCUGCUUCCAUGUGCUUUUGAAGCAAAAGUCUAGAUUUUGGUUUUAUUGGAUCUUCCAGCUUGGUACAUUUUUCCUUUCAAGGUGUGCUUUAAUACAUCUCUGGUACUAGAAACAACACACUAGUGGAAAUGUGAACCAAAAGCUUUUGUCAUAUAUUAAUGCAUCUUAUCUGUUUGGAACAAACUUAUUUAUUGCUUUGUACGUCUGUACAUUCUUUUUGGGGAUUAUUCGGUGCAUCGCUCAGUCGUUCUUUGCACGGCCAAACUAAACCGUUGUAAAAGAGACAAUGGGAUAUACUGUAUUUUUGCAAUAUCUGGAUGCUUUAUCACGUCAUCCUCUUGAAAAUGAUCUUUUACAACAAAAUGUAUUGUCUCAGUGAAAUUGAAAAUAAAAAGCUCUUCAAUUGUU